AUGUUUCGCGCCAUCCGGUGCUGUGCCGUGUUCGGAGUGCUCGGCCUGCUGAGUACGCUCGUCGAAACCUCGUCCAUCCAAGGAGGCAGCUACUGUCGAAGCAGUGGCUGCGUCACCCAGUAUGGCUGCGUACCGCGCUACUCCAACUUCCGCACAGCGCUCUACUGCCAGCAGUGCGUCAUCGAGCAGUGUGCCCAGCGCCGUGAGGUGGUGCCCGAAAGAAGGCCCUGCUAUCAGCUCACCGCCAUGGCCAGCGGUCAAAGGCUGGCGUCGAGGGAAAGCUACGAUCGACGGACGCAACUCCGGUACGCCUCGGUCGUCGGGAAGGACCACCAGGGCGAGCGGGACCGGUGGAACCUGCUGGUAGGGCCGGGCAACAACUACUACAUCCAGAACAGUGACACCGGCGAGUACCUAAGGGCGUCCGAGAACAACUUUGUCCACCUCGUCGCGGGCCGCCCGACCGACAACUCGUUCCUGUUCAAGCCGAUCCUCGUCCGCGGGAGCUGGUCCUGUGUGCUGUUCCAGUCGGUUUGCUACGGUGGCUACAUCUACGGCGAGCGGUACUCGGCCGCCAGCAACUUUGUGCUGAUGACGCAAGACCUGCAACGGUGCUACGAGGAUAGUCUGUGGAGUGUGAGUUCCGUGUACUGCUGAAGAGGAAGCGAUCGGUAAAGCUUCGAAGAUAUUCCCCAAAAAGUGUGUCCCCGUGCGUGCCAGUAGAGCUCGAGUGAAUGUGGAUCUGACCAGCCAACUGAGACACUACUGCCAUAUUGCAUCACGUAUAAGAUAUUCCACACAAGAAACAAACACGUUCCACCCAGCGAGUCAACAUUCUGGACAAAUAUUUAAACGUACUCUAUUACGAAACGGAAGCGAGAGGAAAACUCAUUGUUGUCGAAACUGAACGCAAAUGUUAGUUCUCGAAUGUUGAUCAAACAGUAUCUAAGACAUUGUAAAACGUGACUUACAAAUAAAAAGAAGGUUCUAAACU